AUGGAAAAUGUUUCACAUGCUCGUUUUGUUCUGUUUGUGCUGGAGACGGCUGCUAGGGUUUUUGAGACAACAAGAAUCAAAGCCUUUUCGUGUUCUUUAGGUGUGUUUGGUGCUGAAACAAAUGAAACACAGUCAGCGAUGGAGGGAGAUUCUGUCACUCUAAACACUGAUGUUACUGAAAUACGUGAAAUUGAGGAUAUAUUUUGGCAUUAUAGAGAUCAAAAGUCUUUUAUAGCUAAAAUCAAUAGAGAGAAUAAAAUUUCUUCCAUAUUUGAUGAUGUUCCUGAUGGGAGAUUCAGAGACAGACUGAAGCUGGACAAUCAAACUGGAUCUCUGACCAUCACAAACAUCAGAACAGAACAUGCCGGAGUUUAUAAACUACAGAUAAGUGGAGUGAAAGUGACAUUAAAAACAUUCAGUGUUUCUGUCUAUGCUCGUCUGCCUGUUCCUAACAUCACCAGAGACUGUUUAUUAUCAUCAUCAUCAUACUGUUCACUGGUGUGUUCAGUGGUGAAUGUGAGUUGUGUGACUCUCUCCUGGUACAAAGGAAACAGUUUAUUGUCCAGCAUCAGUGUUGUGUCUGAUCUCAGCAUCAGUCUCUCUCUACCUCUGGAGGUGGAAUAUCAGGAUAAAACCAGCCACAGCUGUGUGCUCAACAAUCCCAUCAGUAACCAGACCACACAUCUGGACAUCACUCAACUCUGUCACACAUGUGCAGUUCUCAAAGUUGAUGAUGCAACAGUUCAGAAUCCCGAUGAAGAGAUCAUUUACACUAAUCCGACAUUCUACAAAAGAAAUCCACAAAAAAUGAGGGCUACAGAGGAGACUCAUGUGGAGUAUGCAACUGUCUGCAUAAGAUGA